AUGAGCGCGGUUUCGGGGGUGGUGUCUCGCCAAGUAUUGCCUGCCUGCGGCAGUCUGUGUUUCUUUUGCCCCGGGUUGCGUGCCCGGUCCAGGCAGCCUGUCAAGAGGUACAAGAAGCUCAUUGCUGAUAUUUUCCCCAAAAACCAGGAAGAAGGACCAAAUGAUCGGAAGAUAGGGAAAUUGUGUGAAUAUGCUUCUAAAAAUCCUCUGCGGAUUCCAAAGAUCACAACUUCUCUUGAGCAAAGGUGUUACAAAGAAUUGAGAAAUGAGAAUUUUCGAUCCACAAAAAUUGUCAUGUGUAUUUACAAGAAAUUGCUGAUAACUUGCAAGGAGCAAAUGCCUCUCUUUGCAAGUAGCUUACUCAGCAUUAUGCACACCCUUCUGGAUCAAACACGGCAAGAUGAAAUGCAAAUUAUAGGAUGCCAGACUCUUUUUGACUUUGUAAAUAAUCAGGUGGAUGGAACUUACAUGUUCAACUUAGAAGGAUUUAUUCCGAAACUCUGUCAGAUAGCUCAAGAGCCAGGGGAAGAUGAACGGGCAAAUAAUCUACGUUCUGCUGCACUCCAAGCGCUUUCUUCGAUGGUUUGGUUUAUGGGCCAGAAUUCUCACAUUUCAGUGGAGUUCGAUAAUAUUGUUGCAGUGGUCUUGGAAAAUUAUGGAGAUUCCAAGGAGAAUGAAGGUCCCCAGAAUCAGUGGGUGCAGGAGGUUCAAACAAAUGAGGGUGGUGUUUCUCCACAAGAUGUCAAAAUGAGGAUUCGACCUUGGAGCGCCAUUGUUGAUGCGAAAGGCGAACUAAAAGUAUCAGAGGAAGACGCCAGGAACGUCAGCUUUUGGUCCAGGGUUUGCCUGCAUAACAUGGCAAAGUUAGCCAAAGAGGCUACAACAAUAAGGCGUGUCCUGGAAUCUUUGUUUCGUUACUUUGAUAACGGAAACUUGUGGUCUCUCAAACAUGGGCUUGCCAUCUCAGUGUUAAAGGAUAUACAAUUCUUAAUGGAUAGUUCUGGGCAAAAUACCCACGUUUUGCUAUCCAUCUUGAUGAAGCAUCUCGACCACAAAAAUGUCCUGAAACAACCCAAUAUGCAGCUUGACAUAGUGGAAAUAACCACCUCCCUUGCUCUACAUGCCAAGGUUGAACCCUCUGUGGCAAUAAUUGGGGCUUUAAGUGAUGCCAUGAGGCAUUUGAGAAAGAGCAUCCACUGCUCUCUGGAUGAUGCCAAUCUGGGGACAGAUGUCAUCAAAUGGAAUAAAUGCUUUAGAGAAGAGGUGGAUAAGUGCCUUGUACAGCUAUCAUAUAAGAUUGGAGAACCAGGACCAAUUCUUGAUGCCAUGGCUGUUAUGCUGGAGAAUAUUUCAUCUAUUACGGUUAUAGCCAGAACUACAAUUUCUGCUGUUUAUCGUACUGCUCAAAUUGUAGCUUCCUUACCAAAUUUGUCUUAUCACAACAAGGCUUUCCCAGAGGCAUUGUUUCACCAAUUACUCCCAGCUAUGGUCCAUCCCGACCAUGAAACACGUAUUGGAGCUCAUUGCGUCUUCUCUGUUGUUCUUGUGCCAUCUUCGGUUUCCCCUAAUCUUUUCUCAUCUAACACGGAGACGAAAAAGGCCUUUGAUCAUCACAGGACACUUUCAAGAGCUGUCUCUGUGUUUUCUUCUUCAGCUGCCCUCUUUGAGAAGCUGAGGAGAGAGAAAAUUUCCUCACGGGAAAGUAUUUGUGAGGAAGAUGAAAACAAUGUUCCUGAGGGAGAAAGAAAUAAUAAUAAUGGGUUUCUGAGCAGAUUGACUUCAUCUUAUAGUCGGACAUAUAGUCUGAAAAGCUUGCCUGCACCUUCAACGCCCAAUGAAAAUUCCAUGAGCAAUAUUAAGGAUCUUGAGGGUAAUUACCUCAGGUUGAGCAGCCACCAAAUAACUCUCUUGCUAUUAUCAAUUUCUGGACAAUCAAUCUCUCCUGGGAACAUGCCUGAAAACUAUGAAGCAAUUUCUCAUACGUACAGCCUUGUAUUACUCUUCUCUCGGGCCAAGAAUUCCAGUGUUGAGGUUCUUGUCAGAAGUUUUCAGCUGGCUUUUUCCUUAAGAAGUAUCUCUCUUACUGAAGGGCCAUUGCCACCAUCGCGUCGCAGGUCCCUAUUUACCCUGGCAACCUCGAUGAUUCUUUUUCUAUCAAAAGCAUACAAUUUUGUCUCUCUGGUUGACAGAGCCAAGGCAAAAUUGACAGAUAAACAGGUUGAUCCGUUCCUACAGUUGGUUGAAGAGUAUAAGUUACGGACUAAAAAGGCUGGACCUGACCAUCCCAGAAAUAUCUAUGGAUCUCAGGAAGAUGACAAUUUGGCAGUAAAAACUCUAUCACGAAUAGUGAUUACUGACGAGCAAAGUAGGGAAUCUUAUGCUUCUGAAAUUGUGGAGAGCUUGGACAAAUUGUCAGAACCUGAAUUAUCUUCCAUAAAGGAGGAGCUGCUCAAUGAUUUCGUACCUGAUGAUAUUUGUCCGCUAGGAGCACAAUUGUUCAUGGAAGCUCCGAAAAAACUUUAUCAGGUUGAUUUCAAAAAUAGUGAAUCUCUUAAGGAGGAUGCUCCAUUAUUUUUAGUGGAAGAUGAUUAUUUUCCAGGCUCAUUUAAUAGCCACCAGAACAAUGUAGAAUUGUCUGUAGAUCUUCCAAAUCUUUUGAAUGUUAAUCAACUAAUGGAAUCGGUCCAGGAGACAGCAAAUCAAGUUGGAAGGGUUUCAGUCUCAAGCAAAUCUGAUGUAUCUUACAAGGAAAUGGCUGGCCACUGUGAGGCACUUCUGCUAGGAAAGCAGCAGAAGAUGUCCAAGUUGGUGAGUUCUCAGAAGAAACAGGAAUAUGGGAUGAACAACUCUUCAAAAAUUCAUAAUGACGACCUGCAAGAGGUGACGCCCGAUUCUCAUAUGGAAGUGGGUUCUCAUAUGAGCGGUAAUCCUUUUGCUGACCACACUCCUACUUCACACAAACUACUGCCAACCCAAGGCCAUGUCCCAAUGCUAUGUGCAGCAGAAUACCAGCAGAAUCCCCACUCCUCCUUCAGACUACCAGCCUCAAAUCCAUAUGAUAACUUCCUAAAAGCUGCAGGCUGCUGAGGAAACUAUUAGUAAUCCAGGUUGCUCAACAGGGUUCUGAGCAUGUCCAUUCUUUUUCUCUUAUUCUUUUUGUUGGGGGUAAUUAUUCUAUAGGCUUUUGCUAAGAGUGUUGUUAUCAAAGAUGAGCGAAAAUUGUAACCUUUUCAUUUCCUAUUCUUUCAUUCUUUUCAUUUUCCUUUUCCGAUACUCAGUACGUGAUAGUCAUGGGGAAGUGGCCUUAUUAGAUUGCUUCUUCCCCGAUGAUGUCAAGUUUCUGCAGCCAACUUGCUUCUCUAUCACUGAUCGAAACGUUUCGAUGUACAAAUGUUUAUUUAUUAGAAUUUAGUUUAUUUGUAGCUUUCCACUUUUACAAGUUACUGUGGAGCUGCAAGUACAUUCCA